CGCCGGGCACAGAGAGGCACGAUGCUGAUCAAAGUAAAGACGCUGACCGGGAAAGAGAUCGAGAUCGACAUCGAACCCACCGACAAAGUGGAGCGCAUCAAGGAGCGCGUGGAGGAGAAGGAAGGGAUCCCGCCCCAGCAGCAGCGGCUCAUCUACAGCGGGAAGCAGAUGUAAAGGGGCGGGGCUUGGGGCGGAAGUGGGCGGGGCGUACGGCGGAAGCGGG